AUGUCAAAGAUGAAAUAUGAAGAAGGACCAAAGCAGAGACAGAGGAAAGGGUUAUGGUCACCUGAAGAAGACAAGAAGCUCACUAGCUUCAUCCUCUCUCAUGGCCAUGCCUGCUGGACCACUGUCCCCAUCAAAGCUGGGUUACAAAGGAAUGGGAAGAGCUGCAGAUUAAGAUGGAUUAAUUACCUAAGACCAGGGUUAAAGAGGGGGAUGAUUAAUGCAGAAGAAGAAGAGACAAUCUCGACGCUUCACUCUUCCUUGGGUAACAAGUGGUCGCAGAUCGUGAAAUACUUACCAGGAAGAACAGACAACGAGAUAAAGAACUAUUGGCACUCUCAUUUGAAAAAGAGAUGGCUCAAAUCUAAACCACAAAUCCAAACAUCUAUAUCCUCUUCUGAAGCACAUGUCGCUUGUGCAAGAAGAAACCCGGAAACCUUGAUCUCCUUCCAGAAACUUCCAGAAAAGACAUCUUCAUCGCCAUCAAAAGAAAGCAAGUCUUCUGUUCCUGAGAUGCCAAGGCUUUUCUUCUCUGAGUGGUUUUCUUCCUUAGAUCCCCACAUCGAUUAUGACUCCUCUGUUUUGGUAGACUCUAAGCACAAUCAAGCUCCAAAUUAUGAAGAAGUGUGUGAUGGUGAUCGAUUCCACUACAACGACUUGAUGAUCAAAAACAGCAACUGGACUCUUAACGAUGUUGUGUUUGGUUCCAAGUUUCAGAAUCAGGAGCAUAUGAUUGAUAAAGAGGACUCUCAUUGUAAUUCUUUUGGUGAUUUCCUUACUUCAUCAACAAUGACGUAA